CCAGUACACGCGCGCCCCGAGCCUGGGAGGCAUGCUGAAGCCAGGCGGCCGGCAGGAUGAGUGUGAAAGAGGCAGGCAGCUCGGGCCGCCGGGAGCAGGCGGCCUACCACCUGCACAUCUACCCCCAGCUGUCCACCACGGAGAGCCAGGCCUCGUGCCGCGUGACCGCCACCAAGGACAGCACCACCUCGGACGUCAUCAAGGACGCCAUCGCCAGCCUGCGACUGGACGGCACCAAAUGCUACGUGCUGGUGGAAGUCAAAGAGUCGGGCGGCGAGGAAUGGGUGCUGGAUGCCAACGACUCGCCUGUGCACCGGGUGCUGCUGUGGCCCCGGCGGGCGCAGGACGAGCACCCGCAGGAGGAUGGCUACUACUUCCUGCUGCAGGAGCGCAAUGCAGACGGGACCAUCAAGUACGUGCACAUGCAGCUGGUGGCGCAGGCCACGGCCACCCGACGCCUAGUGGAGCGUGGCCUCCUGCCACGGCAGCAGGCGGACUUUGAUGACCUGUGUAACCUCCCUGAGCUGACCGAGGGCAACCUCCUGAAGAACCUCAAGCACCGCUUCCUGCAACAAAAGAUCUACACAUAUGCGGGGAGCAUCCUGGUGGCUAUCAACCCCUUUAAGUUCCUGCCCAUCUACAACCCCAAGUACGUGAAGAUGUAUGAGAACCAGCAGCUGGGCAAGCUGGAGCCACACGUCUUCGCGCUGGCCGACGUGGCCUACUACACCAUGCUCAGGAAGCGCGUGAACCAGUGCAUCGUGAUUUCGGGCGAGAGCGGCUCUGGCAAGACCCAGAGCACCAACUUCCUCAUCCACUGCCUCACCGCCCUCAGCCAGAAGGGCUAUGCCAGCGGCGUCGAGAGGACCAUCCUGGGUGCUGGCCCCGUGCUGGAGGCUUUUGGAAACGCCAAGACAGCCCAUAACAACAACUCCAGCCGGUUUGGGAAGUUCAUCCAAGUCAGCUACCUGGAGAGUGGCAUUGUGAGAGGGAACUACCACGUGUUUUAUUAUUUGUUACUCGGGGUCAGCGAGGAAGAGCGCCGAGAAUUUCAGCUCAAGCAGCCUGAAGAUUAUUUCUACCUCAACCAGCAUAACUUGAAGAUUGAAGAUGGGGAGGACCUGAAGCAUGACUUUGAGAGGCUCAAGCAGGCCAUGGAGAUGGUGGGCUUCCUCCCCGCCACCAAGAAGCAGAUUUUUGCCGUCCUCUCAGCCAUCCUGUACCUAGGCAACGUCACUUACAAGAAGAGAGCUACAGGCCGAGAGGAAGGGUUGGAGGUCGGGCCGCCCGAGGUGCUGGACACCCUGUCGCAGCUUCUGAAGGUAAAGCGAGAAAUCUUGGUGGAGGUUCUGACCAAAAGAAAAACGGUGACCGUCAACGACAAGCUCAUCCUUCCCUACAGCCUCAGCGAGGCCAUCACUGCCCGCGACUCCAUGGCCAAGUCUCUGUACAGUGCCCUGUUCGACUGGAUUGUGCUGCGGAUCAACCACGCACUCCUCAACAAGAAGGACGUGGAAGAGGCAGUCUCGUGCCUGUCCAUCGGGGUCCUGGACAUCUUCGGAUUUGAAGACUUCGAGAGGAACAGCUUCGAGCAGUUCUGUAUCAACUACGCCAAUGAGCAGGAGGAGUAUCAGGGCGAGGGGAUCACGUGGCACAACAUCGGCUACACAGACAAUGUCGGCUGCAUCCAUCUCAUCAGCAAGAAGCCCACGGGCCUCUUCUACCUGCUGGACGAGGAGAGCAACUUCCCCCACGCCACGAGCCAGACCCUGCUGGCCAAGUUCAAACAGCAGCAUGAGGACAAUAAGUACUUCCUGGGCACCCCGGUCAUGGAGCCAGCCUUCAUCAUCCAGCACUUCGCAGGGAAGGUGAAAUAUCAGAUCAAGGACUUCCGGGAGAAGAACAUGGACUACAUGCGGCCAGACAUCGUGGCCCUGCUGCGGGGCAGUGACAGCUCCUACGUGCGGGAGCUCAUUGGCAUGGACCCUGUGGCCGUGUUCCGCUGGGCCGUGCUCCGGGCCGCUAUCCGGGCCAUGGCCGUGCUUCGGGAGGCCGGACGCCUGCGGGCCGAGAGGGCCGAAAAGGCUGCAGGUAUGAGCAGCCCUGGUGCCCAAAGUCACCCGGAAGAGCUGCCAAGAGGAGCCAGCACCCCUUCAGAAAAACUUUACCGCGAUUUGCAUAACCAAAUGAUCAAGAGCAUCAAAGGAUUGCCCUGGCAGGGCGAGGACCCCCGUAGGCUUCUCCAGUCCCUCAGUCGGCUCCAGAAACCCCGCGCCUUCAUCCUGAAAAGUAAAGGUAUCAAACAAAAGCAGAUCAUUCCAAAGAACCUGCUGGACUCCAAGUCCCUGAAACUCAUCAUCAGCAUGACCCUGCACGACCGCACCACCAAGUCCCUGCUGCACCUGCACAAGAAGAAAAAGCCACCGAGCAUCAGUGCCCAGUUCCAGACAUCCCUUAACAAGCUCUUGGAGGCGCUGGGGAAAGCAGAGCCCUUCUUUAUCCGCUGCAUCCGUUCCAAUGCUGAAAAGAAAGAGCUGUGCUUUGACGACGAGCUGGUCCUGCAGCAGCUGCGCUACACCGGUAUGCUGGAGACCGUGCGCAUCCGGAGGUCAGGGUACAGUGCCAAGUACACAUUCCAGGAUUUCACCGAGCAGUUCCAGGUGCUCCUGCCCAAGGAUGCCCAGCCCUGCAGGGAGGUCAUCUCGACCCUCCUGGAGAAGAUGAAGGUAGACAAGAGGAACUACCAGAUCGGGAAGACCAAGGUCUUCCUGAAGGAGACGGAGCGGCAAGCCCUGCAGGAGACGCUACACCGGGAGGUGGUGCGGAAAAUCCUGCUGCUGCAGAGCUGGUUUCGGAUGGUGCUGGAGCGUCGGCACUUCCUGCAGAUGAAGCGGGCCGCUGUCACCAUCCAGGCCUGCUGGCGGUCCUACCGGGUCCGGAGGGCUCUGGAGAGGACACAGGCCGCGGUGUACCUCCAGGCCGCAUGGAGGGGCUACUGGCAGCGGAAGCUCUACCGGCGCCGGAAACAGAGCAUCAUCCGCCUGCAGAGCCUCUGCCGGGGGCACCUGCAGCGCAAGAGCUUCAGCCGGAUGAUCUUGGAGAAGCAGAAGGCAGAGGAGAAGGAGAGGGAAGCCCUGGAAGCCGAAAGAGCAGGCGCUGAGGAGGGCGGGCUGGGUCAGGCGGCCGGCGGGCAGCAGGUAGCUGAGCAGGGGCCAGAGCCGGCAGAGGAUGGCAGGCACCUGGCAUCAGAGCCUGAGGUGUGGCCAAGUGACAGGUCCCCGCCAGAGCACUCCUCACCUGAGAAGGAGGCCCCAAGCCCAGAGAAGACUCUCCCGCCCCAGAAAACCGUGGCCGCUGAAAGUCACGAGAAAGUCCCCAGCAGCCGGGAGAAGCGUGAGUCGCGUCGGCAAAGAGGGCUGGAGCACGUCAAGUUCCAGAACAAACACAUUCAGUCCUGCAAGGAGGAGAGCGCCCUCAGAGAACCUUCCAGAAUGGUCACCCAGGAGCAAGGGGUGAGUCUCCUGGAAGACAAAAAGGAGAGCAGAGAAGAUGAAACCCUUCUAAUCGUAGAGACGGAGGCUGAGAACACGUCCCAAAAGCAGCCCACAGAGCAACCCGAGGCCAUGGCAGUUGGCAAGGUCUCUGAAGAAACCGAGAAGAUGCUGCCGGCUGGGAGCCCCAGGUCCGGCCAGGUGGAGCGGCCGACCAGCCUGGCCUUGGACAGCAGGAUCAGCCCACCAGCCCCCGGCAGCACCCCCGAGACCCCCGAGGACAAGAGCAAACCUUGUGGCAGCCCAAGGGUUCAGGAAAAGCCCGACAGCCCCGGAGGCUCCACACAGAUCCAGCGGUACCUGGACUCCGAGCGGCUAGCCAGCGCCGUGGAGCUGUGGCGGGGCAAAAAGCUGGUGGCCGCCGCCAGCCCUAGUGCCAUGCUCAGCCAGUCCCUGGACCUCAGCGACAGACACCGGGCCACAGGGGCAGCCCUCACGCCCACAGAGGAGAGGCGCAUCUCCUUCUCCACGAGCGAUGUCUCCAAGCUCCUCCCAUCCCCGGCCAAGGCUCAGCCUGCAACAGAAACCGCGGACGGAGAGCGAAGCAUGAAGAAGCCGGCUGUCCAGAAGAAGAAGCCAGGUGACGCAUCCUCCAUCCCAGACGCAGGGCUGUCCCCGGGCUCUCAGGUCGACUCUAAAUCCACGUUUAAGAGGCUUUUUCUGCAUAAAACCAAGGAUAAAAAAUACAGCCUGGAGGGCGUGGAGGAGUUGGAGAAUGCUGUGUCCGGGCAGGUGGUGCUGGAAACUGCCACCAUGAAAAAGGGCCUGGAAGCCCCCUCCGGACACCAGCACCGCCACGCCGCAAGUGAGAAGCGCACCAAGGAGCCAGGAGGCAAAGGGAAGAAGAACCGAAACGUCAAGAUUGGGAAGAUCACGGUGUCAGAGAAGUGGCGGGAAUCGGUAUUCCGCCAGAUCACCAACGCCAAUGAGCUCAAGUACCUGGACGAGUUCCUGCUCAACAAGAUAAAUGACCUCCGUUCCCAGAAGACGCCCAUCGAGAGCUUGUUUAUCGAAGCCACCGAGAAGUUCAGGAGCAACAUCAAAACGAUGUACUCUGUCCCGAACGGGAAGAUCCACGUGGGCUACAAGGAUCUGAUGGAGAACUACCAGAUCGUCGUCAGCAACCUGGCCACUGAGCGCGGUGAGAAGGACACCAACCUGGUCCUCAACCUCUUCCAGUCACUGCUAGAUGAGUUCACCCGUGGCUACACCAAGAAUGACUUCGAGCCAGUGAAGCAGAGCAAAGCUCAGAAGAAGAAGCGGAAGCAGGAGCGCGCUGUCCAGGAGCACAACGGGCACGUGUUCGCCAGCUACCAGGUUAGCAUCCCGCAGUCGUGCGAGCAGUGCCUCUCCUAUAUCUGGCUCAUGGACAAGGCCCUGCUCUGCAGCGUGUGCAAGAUGACCUGCCACAAGAAGUGUGUGCACAAGAUUCAGAGCCACUGCUCCUACACCUACGGGAGGAAGGGCGAGCCAGGCGCUGAGCCGGGCCACUUCGGUGUGUGCGUGGACAGCCUGACCAGCGACAAGGCCUCAGUGCCCAUUGUGCUGGAGAAGCUCCUGGAACACGUGGAGAUGCACGGCCUGUACACCGAGGGCCUCUACCGCAAGUCGGGCGCCGCCAACCGCACUCGGGAGCUCCGGCAGGCGCUGCAGACAGACCCCACAGCAGUCAAGCUGGAGAAUUUCCCCAUCCAUGCCAUCACGGGGGUGCUGAAGCAGUGGCUGCGGGAGCUGCCUGAGCCCCUCAUGACCUUCGCACAGUACGGCGACUUCCUCCGAGCCGUUGAGCUGCCAGAGAAGCAGGAGCAGCUGGCUGCCAUCUAUGCCGUCCUGGAGCACCUUCCAGAGGCCAACCACAACUCCCUGGAGAGACUCAUCUUCCACCUCGUCAAGGUGGCCCUGCUCGAGGAUGUCAACCGCAUGUCGCCCGGGGCCCUGGCCAUUAUCUUUGCACCCUGCCUCCUGCGCUGCCCUGACAACUCGGACCCCCUGACCAGCAUGAAGGAUGUCCUCAAGAUUACCACGUGCGUGGAGAUGCUGAUCAAGGAGCAGAUGAGGAAAUACAAAGUGAAGAUGGAGGAGAUCAGCCAACUGGAGGCUGCAGAGAGCAUCGCCUUCCGCAGGCUUUCGCUCCUGCGACAAAAUGCUCUAUGGCCUCUCAAACUGGGGUUUUCGUCUCCCUAUGAGGGGGUCCUGAACAAGAGCCCCAAGGCCCGGGACAGCCAGGGGGAGGAGCUGGAGGUGCUGCUGGAGGAGGAGGCAGCCGGUGGCGAUGAGGACCGGGAAAAAGAGAUUCUCAUUGAACGGAUCCAGUCCAUCAAGGAGGAGAAGCAAGACAUCACCUAUCGGCUGCCGGAGCUGGACCCAAGGGGCUCAGACGAGGAGACCCUGGACUCGGAGACGUCGGCCAGCACCGAGAGCCUGCUGGAGGAGCGGGCCGGGCGGGGGGCCUCGGAAGGUCAGUAUUAAGGUAGCGUCUGCUUUUCUCCUUCCCGUCCAUCCCAGCAGGCCCCAGGGCGAGGGUCCUCCGACUGCCGGCCCUGAAGCUGCAGUAACCCUGCCAUCUGUCUCUCAAAAGGGCCCCCUGCGCCUGCUCUCCCUUGCCCCGGCGCGCCC